CCUUGUGGCUCCUAUGAGAAUCAGUUUUACUCAGCCUACGGUCUCUCUCUUUCUCCCUCUCCCCCAGUCUCCAUCUUCACACUCUCAGUGUGACCCGGCUGAGCGGGUGCAAAGGAAGGGAGGGUGGGAGGCUGUCACUCUUGGUCCCUCGCUCCAGGCUCUCAAGAAGCCAGGCUGAUAUUCUUGGCUUGGAUGCAGUGCUCAUGACAGGCUUAGGUGCCUGGGACACAGGACCAACCGAUCUGCAGGUUCCAGUGGAAGGACCCAAGCCAGAGUCUCACCCUGCACGGCUCUGACUGGCUUCCUGUGUCCCUCCACAUCCGUCUCCUAAAGCAACUUAGCUCUCACCCUUCUGCUCCACCAUCAUGCGUCUCCUCAGCUGUGUCCUCCUCCUGCUGCUCCUCUGCUUGGCUGAACCUCGGAGAAACCCUGGGUCAAAGGUUACGGAGAGGGGCACCAGAGAUCGUGUGCGAGGCCGAGGCAGGGCAGGGGUCUCUAGGCGUCAAACUCAGGAAUGUAAAGAAUACAUGGAGGCAGGGGAGAAGUUCCUGGACUGCCAGGAUAGGCAGCUGACUUCUGUGAUGCAGGACUGGCCCAAAGAUAUUCAACAUCUACUCCUGGCGAGGAAUAAAAUUCAGGUUUUGAAGGACAACAUGUUCGCCCAGUUCACCCAGCUGAAGAGCUUGGACCUCCAACAGAACAUCAUUUCUGUGGUGGAGGACAACGCAUUCAGUGGACUCUCCAAGCUAACCACCCUCCUACUUCAACACAAUCAUCUGAGAACAGCCUCAGAGGAGGUUCUACUCCCUCUGCCCCGCCUCACCUACCUCCGUUUCUUUGACAACCCCUGGAGCUGCCGCUGCCCAUUGGACGGCCUGGUCAGGACCCUGCAGGUGCCAAGCAACCGUAACAUAGGCAACUAUGCCAGGUGUGCAGAGCCUUCUUCGAUGAAGGGACAGAAGCUGAAAAAGUUAGAUGCAGAACUGUUGUGCAAGGAAGAGACGAGGCCAGGGGACGGACAGGACCCACGGCCGGGGGGUCCACCAAUGAAAGAGAAGCAAGAAGCUGUUUCUGUUUGCACCUAUAAGUUCCCUAAACUUCUGGACUGCAGCAAUAAAGAUCUGAAUCAUGUCCCACCCGAGCUUCCAUCGGAGAUCGUGAAGAUAAAUCUGUCCAACAACAGCAUCAAACACCUCAGGCCCAAACAAUUCCUGCUGUCCAAAGACCUCAAGCUGCUUAACCUCAGCAGCAACAACCUGCAGAAAAUCGAGACAGCUGCUUUUGCAGGGCUGCUGUACCUCCGUGACCUUGAUUUGUCCAACAACAGCCUCCAUUACUUCCAGUACGGCGUACUGGAGGAUCUGUACUUCCUACGGAAGCUUUCGCUGGAGAAAAACCCCUGGAUCUGCGACUACAACAUCCACUACCUGAUCUACUGGCUCAAGCACCACCCCGAUGUCCAUUACUCAGGCCUGAUCUGCUCCGAACCGCCAGAGUUCACGGGCUGGAACGUGGAGGACUACGUCAAAACCUACAAUGGUGAAUGUCCUGUGGACAAACAAACAGAAGGGACGGGCACUGGACAGGCCGCGCAGGGAGGUUUGGAGAACGAGGUACAAGAAGUGAUGGGGGAGGGUGAGGGACAGGUGGGAUUUCUACCACAGCCCCUGAAAGAGAAGAAGGACAACAAGUUUGAGAUCAUCAGACUGAGUUAGAAAGGAUCAGCGGCCCAAAUGGGUUCAGUUCAGGGAGAAAUGUAGAGGUGGACGUCUGAGAUCAAUGAUGGCAGAGCAGACUGAGUGCUUUGUGUAAAGAAAACUUACUGUGGGAUGAGUUUGGGGGUAAAUGUUUAGUUCAUCAGCAUUAUCUGGUUGCUUGGGUGGAAUAAACCUGAUGCUGGGUGUUCUGAUGAAAAACAUCUAAUUGCAUAUUUUACUUUCAAGCAAAGAACAAGGUGGCUCCACAAUUUUUUGUUUGUUUGUUUUUUUUUUUCUUUUGCAACAACAGUUUAUUUAAUCGGAAACCUGUUCUUGAAAUGUUCCACUGUCUUAUUUUUGAUUACCUUGGUGUAAAAAGUCUCUUUUGGUUAUUCUUUUCUUUUCUUUUUUUUUUUUACAUAAAUCUAUAUUAUUGUCUGCUUUUAUUUCUGGGAAUUAAGAGGAUUUUUUUCACUGAACAAAUGUUUUACAGAGUUUUUCCAAAACCUUUGGAGAAUAAACUUCAGCCAUGAUCGAUGACAAAGCUGAUGCUUCCAACAGUGACUCACCUUCUUUAAUGAAGAUGUGAAAUAAAUAAAAGAACUUUCUGAGAUUUUGGCCAAAAUCUGACUAAAAUAGUUUUUAUUACCUCUAAUAUCAUAAAAUGUUUAUUAUAUAAACACUGAGUCCCAUUAAAAAAAAAAUAUGUUGUGUC